AGAGUCCAUUUCGAAAGGUGUCAUUUUUAUUGGGAAAAGUUCUGGAUGGUUGGUCAUACCGCACGUCGAGGACUCAGCAAAUGCUCUUAAGACAUGUUUUACGAGAGCUCUGCAUGGAAGAAACACAAAAGUUGUGGGACUUCAUCUCUCAUACCAAUGACUCCCAAGAAACCUCAGCCGUGGCUGCAAGUGGUCGGACAUGCAGGGAACUUUGAAGUUGGGGAUUAUGGCACACUGCUGAAGAGAUUUUGUGAGGGGGAGCAACAAUGCUACCUUAGGCUGAUGGAGGAUGUUUUGAGGCCAUUUGUUCCAGCCUACCACGGUGUGAUGCAGCGGGAGGAGCAGAACUACAACAUGAUGGAUAACUUGCUGACCCAUUUCAACAGACCUGCCAUCAUGGACUGCAAGAUGGGGAGCCGCACAUACCUCGAGGGGGAGCUGCUGGUGGCUAGAGAACGACCCCAGCCUCGUAAAGACAUGUAUGAUAAGAUGGUGGCUGUGGACCCAGAGGCCCCAACGGUCCAGGAGAAAGCCCAGCAGGCGGUACUGAAAACCAGGUACAUGCAGUGGAGGGAGACGCUGAGCUCCACAACAUCCCUUGGUUUCCGUAUCGAAGGAUUCAGAAAGUCAAACGAAGAAUGUCACACAAACUUCAAAAGGACCAAAAGCCGAGAGCAAGUGACGAAAGCACUGGAAAACUUUGUUGAUUCCAAUACACACAUUGUGUGGGGAUAUCUGAGACGGUUGAAACAACUGCGGCAGGUCUUGGAGGCAUCAGACUUCUUCAGAACACAUGAGGUUGUGGGAAGUUCCUUACUGUUUCUACAUGACUGGACCGGCAGAACAGGAGUCUGGAUGAUUGACUUUGGAAAGACCGCGGCAUUACCGGCACACCUCACCUUGGACCACCGCAGUCCCUGGGUGGAGGGCAAUCGAGAAGAUGGCUACCUGUGGGGUCUGGACAACCUCAUUGAUAUAUUGGCCAACAUGCUGCCCCUGACCUGAAUGCCUCUUUAAACGUGUGGAAAUUCAUUCGUAACCCUUCCUUCACCACUCUUAAGUGAGGGACUGCAGAUGCACUGGCUUCUGAAAUGGAUGUGUUGUCAGAAUUGUGAGAAUUAACUCGGUACAGAAUGAGGGAGGGAAAAAGGAAGAUGAGAUUGAUUACAAAACUAAAUACUUUCCAGAUCAGAUUUUCUUUCUGCAAAUUUAAAUUACAACAUUGGUCAAAAGAUCAUUGAUGAUUUAUGUAAAUCUCAACCUGAGGCUUGUAAAGUUUGUCCACUGAAUAGACCUACACUCACCUGUGCUACCAAUUUCCAGCCUCAGCAGGAGGCGCCGACCCAGCUGUCUGGAGAUGACACUGCUUAUUAUUUUAGGGGAAAAAUGGCCCAAGUAAUUUUAAGCCAAAGAUAAGGCUGGUCCCUCUGGUUCAAGAAGAUCUGCAGUUUUAAUGUCACACUGUGUCAUUAAAAUGGUGCUAAAAUUAUUGGAAUUAUUUCUUGAAUUUCUUUAAAGGUACAGUGUGUAGCAUUUAGGGGGAUCUAUUGGCGGAAAUGGAAUGUAAUACUUUCAAUUGAAAAUAAGAAUCAUUGUGUUUUCUUUACCUUUAUGGAGCUGGCUGCCGUGUUUAUACAGUAAGACCGCAAGAUGGCGCCAUAUCUUACACACUAGACCUUUAUUAAUUUGUUUGCCUCAUUAUUAUCAUCAUUAGUUUUCAUACAUUAGAUUGUGAAAUAAUUUCACCAUUUGCAUUAGAGUUAGGAUUAUAUUCGACUGUUAAGAAAACACUCAACGUUGGGACUUGAGUGGAUAUCAAUGUCAAGUUAUGUGGCAGUUUUUUAGAGUCCAACUACAUAUAUUGUUUAUAGUUGAGACCAAUAAGGGAAGGGUGUUCCUUGUGGUUCAACAAGAUUAUACUUUUACACAAAGUGAUUUAUCUGGUUAUUGGUUUAAUUUUCCCAAUAAACUUUAUAUCCUUUUCCUUUUAAUUAAAACGGUCUAAAGAACUUGGGUCAGUUUGUUCACCACUUCAGUACAGACUGAUAAUAUCUCAGAAAAUGAUGAACGGAUUGGCCCAAACUUUUGUUCAUUAACACCCGACUAUGAAUCCCCAUGACUUUUUUGACUUCUGCUGUAGCACCACCAUGAGGUGACAUUUAAAUGAAAUGUCUCUGCAACUAUUGGAUUGCCACAAAGUAGCGUAAUCAACGAGUCAAAAUUUGUAUUUGUGCAAUACUAAAAAACAUUCCCAUCAUCCUCAGCUGCACUUUGUGUUUACUGCCACUUAGCAAAUGUUAGCAUGCUAAACUAAGGUGGUGGCAAUGAUAAACAGCAAAUCCAAACAUCCAAAUGUUAGCAUUGUGAUUUUAGCUCAAAGCACAGUUGUGCCUUUCUGUAAAGCCUCACAGCGCCGCUAGCAGAGCUGUAGACACUUAAUCUUUGUCAUCUUCAAGUCAAAUUUAAGGCUUAAAGGCAGCAAUAGCAGAUUUGCAUUAUUUGAUUAUUACUGUUUUUUUAUUUUAUUUAAAGAGCAGUGACUUAAGUGUGUGCUACUCUCCCUUCUUUACUGAUCAGUUUGUUGUAGAGCCAUAUGGAGUUUUUAAAAUUUGGAUGUAUCCUUCCUGCAGCUGACACAUUGACAGGAACUCCUGAAAAUGGCAUAUUUUUGUCUCAGUAGUGCUUAUUGGUCUUGGUGACUCAUGAAAACCAGCUGUUUUAUUCCUCCUUUGAGACAUGAUGGUGUUGAUGAUGUUUUUUACUGUUUAGGCUCAUUGAUACACUCAAUAUUGUAGAAUGUGUGUGUGUGUGUGUUACAUAAACCAA